AUGGCAAAAUUAUCUAUAUUAAUUUUUAUCCUCGCAAUUAUUAUUGCAUCUAUUCAUGCUGUCCCUUUUAACUUUAACAAAUUAAAUAAUCGUGAUGGAGAUGGGAAAAUUAUCACGGUAGUAAGUGAAGAUGAAUUCUGUGGCUUUCUUCCAAAAACUGCUGGCCAAGAUAUUGGCUCUAGCGAAGAUGACGCCGUCACAUUCUGCAGAAACAUACCGACCGCCAAUGCACCUGGAGCCCAACAAUAUCCACCUGGAUUCAUCUUAUCAGCGCACUUUUAUAAAGAUGAUGCAAAUGGUUUUGUUCAAGUCACCGGCCGCCUUGACAAUAGUAUAUACGUUGACCCGAGUGACGGAGGUGGUCAAUAUGACAUUAAAGCUCCUGGUGGUGCAUCGUGUUUCGGAUUUAGCCGUUUUGUGAGCCUUGUCGAGCCUAACAAUGGUUUAUAUUGUAUUCGUUGUUGCAAUGAUAAAAAAAAUUGUCCUAUGGGCAAAAGUACAGAUGGUUGCGAGGCCGUUAUUCCAGGAGACUAUUCUUAA